AUGGAAGAUGGCGUUCUGUAGUAAAAUUCAUAGUUGCAUUCUCAGGUUACGCGAGCAAACGAUAAAAGAUGUGUAUUAAGUAGUUUUAGACAAGCUGUGUAAACAAUUUUUAUAUACUUGUUUAAAUGAAUAAAACUUGGUGAAGUUUGUGAUCUUUUUACCUUUUCUAAACAGAUUUUGUAAUAUGCCAGCGUUAAAGCAUGACAUCGAACUUCCAGCAUCGGUUCCUGAAUUGUUGCUGGAAAAACAUGCAAACUUCCUACUGUCUUAUGGUACCGAGGAUGAAUACGUAUAUUGUAUGACAGAACAUAUGAGAAUGUCUGGGAUGUAUUGGGGCUUGACGGCCUUGGAUAUGAUGGGCAAACUAGAGCAGACUAAUCGAAAUGAGGUGUUGGAAUUCAUUGUUCAUUGCCAGACAGAAAGUGGAGGAAUAGCUGCUAGCUUGCAGCACGAUCCACAUAUUUUGUACACUUUGAGUGCAGUACAAAUACUUUGUAUCUACGAUGCUUUGGAUACUAUCGAUAUUGAAAAGGUUGUGAAAUAUGUGAAGGAGAGGCAACAGCCGGAUGGAAGUUUCACUGGCGAUAUUUGGGGAGAAGUUGACAUGAGAUUCUCAUUUUGUGCCGUAGCAACGUUGUCCCUUUUGAAUCGAUUAGAUGCCAUAGAUGUGGACAAGGCAGUGGAAUUUGUUAUGAAGUGUAUGAAUUUUGAUGGAGGUUUCGGUUCGAAACCUGGAGCUGAGAGUCAUGCUGGUAUGAUCUACUGCUCGAUAGGACUUCUCUCGAUAACUGGUAAUCUGCAUUUGGUAGAUGCAGAUCAGUUAAGUUGGUGGCUUUGCGAAAGGCAAUUGCCAUCAGGAGGUUUGAACGGCAGGCCAGAGAAGUUGCCUGACGUCUGUUAUUCCUGGUGGGUGCUCUCUGCACUUACGAUUCUAGGGCGCCUUCAUUGGGUUAAUAAGGAACAAUUGGUGAAGUUUGUAUUGGCAUGCCAGGACGCGGAAUCGGGAGGAUUUAGUGACCGUCCAGGAGAUAUUGCUGAUCCUUUCCACACGCUCUUUGGUUUAACCGCUCUUUCUUUAUUAAAUACAGAUUACCCGUUGAAAAAGAUUAAUCCUACGUACUGCAUGCCUGAGUAUGUCAUUCAAAGGUUACACCUUAAGCCUUCGAGGCUUGACCAGAACGAUUGAUAUAAUUUUCUACUAAACAAGAAUCUGAUAAAGAAAAAUAUGUUCAUUUUUAAUCGAUACAACUUAAUUUAUUCCUUCAUUUGAAAGGCACGAUACUUUGUGAUUGAGUCUGCAGGCAGCGCAUUACUGUCGUAUAUUUUUACGAAAUAAUAUAUUAUAAUGUACGCAUAGGUGAAUAUGUAUCUAAUUUAUUAGCAUACAAUUUAACACGAAACGCAUUCAGUUCAGUCGAAAAUUGGUAAUAGAAAUGUAUGAUGAUUCAUAGAUAAAUCAAAAAUAUAUGUUACGUUCCUUGAAAUAUUUUAAAUAUUUUACUAGGUGAAUUUAUUAACUGCGUUUGUAUCGUCUGUCUAGGUAUUGUACAUUCCUCGAAGCAAAGAUUACGUUCCUCUAAAAAGAAAUUAUAUUAAUUUUUAGUGUAUUUA